UCCUCUCUCAGAUAUCAAUUUUUUUCAUUCAGCUUUAUCGUACUUGUCGCAACUGUUCGAUGCCGGAGGUUUCGUAUCUUCAUCUUCACGAUGAAGAUGACAACGAAGACGAUACACCCGAAAACAUAGCUAAUCUUCAUUCUACUCCAUUAUGGUCUUCUUGGAAUGAAGAUUUAGACCUAUAUUCAACAGAUCCAGAAUUCACAACCAUCGAUUUCUCCGUCUCAUCCCAUCUUCAGUCCGUUCGUGGGCAAAGUUCCGGCUUUAUUCAAUUUCUUGACGAAUACCCAGAUACGUCUCCUAAUAUCAACAAUGAUCUGUUCGAUCGCGAAAACCAGGUAAAUUUCGUCAUGGACUUGUUUCAUCAACGUGUUGAGCAAUCGACGAUCGUUGGCACAAAUUUACUGCCGAUGGGUCCGAACCUAGACACCAUUUUGUACGAAUUUGAUCGAAAUGACGAGAUGGGUUUGUCUAAUCUGGACCUGGAUUUGGACCUAGGGCUAGAGUUAAUGUUAUUUGCUGAUAGAAACGAAAAUCAAAAUUGUCCUGUUAUGGCUGCCGAUACUGAAUGCAGCGGUAGUGGAAUUUCUGGUUUGAGGGUUGUUGGAAUUGAGUCUGAUUCUGAACAGGAAGAAGAAGGGGAUAAUGAGGUUGUGGGUGAUGACAGAAAUGCAGAAGACUAUUAUGGAUUAGAUGGUGAAGGUGAUGAUAUUAGGAAUCUUCUACUUCGUUGGACUUCUUUUCAAUUUGAAGAAGAUUUUGAUUGGGCAGAAGUGGAUGAUAGAUCGAGAGAAGUAUUGAGUUUGUUUCUUGAUCCUGAUUUGGAUGAGGACUUGGAUGCAGUUCCACGCCAUCAAAACAUGAGUAUUGGUGCAGUAAGAAAUUCACAAUGGGAAGUUCUGUCAAAUAUUCAGAAUUUCGAAUCUAAUAUGAAUCCUGAACAUUAUAACGAGUAUACAGCUGACGAGUAUGAAUUGUUAUUUGGUCAAUUUGCUGAAAAUGAAAAUACAGUGAUGGGAAAGCCACCAGCUUCAAGAACUGUAAUUGAGAAUCUCCCAUCUGUGAUCUUGACUCAGCUCGAUCUUUGUGCUGUGUGUAAGGAUGAGAUUAACAUCGAUGGAGAAGCAAAGCAGUUGCCUUGUAAUCAUCACUACCAUAGUGAUUGUAUAAUUCCGUGGCUAGGAAUCCGAAAUACUUGCCCUGUUUGUAGACAUGAAUUGCCUACAGAUGAUCUUGAUUAUGAAAUGAGAAAGACCCGAAGAAUUGGUAAUGCUCAUUGAGAGAGCAGUCAGCAAGGUUUGAUAUACUGCUCCUGAUUUCUGCAUUGAUAUUGAGUUCAGGUAUUCAUAUAUUUGAGAGUCUCAUAUCAAAUUAGACUCAAUUGAAAUAGCAGUUGUAGCUUAUGAACAUGACUAGUACUGUAUCUUGCUUUGCUUCAAAAGGAUCAAUUGUUUUUCAUUUUUCUUAUGUAUA